AUGGAAGUCAGUUGCCAAUGCGGUUCCGUCUCCUUCAAGACGCCUCUCCCAAAGCCCCUCGCUCUCUACGUCUGCCAUUGUGUAGAGUGUCGCCGACAGACCGGCUCUGCCUUCGGCACCUCUGCCAUCUUCCCCAGGUUCCAGCUCCCGGACACGGACGUGUUGAGCUGCUACACACGUCCGACCUCGACCGGUCAAACGCUUUACUGCUACUUCUGUAAGAACUGCGGCACACGGCUCAUGCACACGAGUCCGGAUAAGACCGUCGUCUCGGUCAAGGGCGGCUGCAUCGAGGGGUUGGACUGGAAGAACGCCAUACACCUCUGGACGAAGUCGGCCAUGGUCCCCAUACCCGAGGGCUGCGAGUCGCACUCGGAGGACUCGAACUUCACCGACUACGGUACCUGCCAGGAGACGCUGGACCAGCCGACGGGUCUUCGAUGA